UUUCACUCACUCUUCUUCCUCCUCCGUCCGCUGUUUCUUCAUCAUGGCUUCGGGAGGAGCAGUAGUUGUCUUAUUGUGACAGAUAUGUAGGAAAAUGUAUUUUUCAGUCAUUAACAAUCUACUGCAGUGUCAGUAAUUGUUCUCACACUUAAUUGUGAUAUUUCCUCAAAGUUCGUGGAGUUACUUUCUAGAUAUUUAAAUUUUUACAACAAUGUGUUACGUAAACAUUAACCUUUAACCUUGUUCACAUUGGCUCUCAGUAACUGAUUAGAAUAUUUUCUUUCGUUUUGCUGAGUUAUCACUUCAAAAAGAAAUGAACAACCAAGAGAAAACCAUAAAAGUGGGCUCAAGAAAAAGUGAGCUUGCUUUAAUUCAGACCCGAUUCAUAAUAAGAAAAUUGGAAGAGGUCUAUCCAGAAAAAAAAUUUGAAAUAGUUACAAUGUCAACGUUGGGUGACCAGAUAUUGGACAAACCUCUACCGAAAAUAGGUGAAAAAAGUUUAUUUACAAAAGAACUAGAAACUGCCUUAGAACAAAGCCACGUUGAUUUUGUGGUGCAUUCCUUGAAAGACCUCCCAACAAUUCUUCCAGAGGGAAUGGCAAUUGGUGCCAUAUGCAAACGAGAAGAUCCGAGAGAUGCUGUAAUUUUCAAUCCAAAAUUCAAAGGCAAAACUUUAGAAACGUUACCAGAAAAUAGUAUAAUUGGGACCAGUUCGUUGCGUCGCACAGCCCAACUAAGCCGCUACUUCCCCCACCUCCGUGUGGAGGACAUCCGUGGCAAUCUCAACACGCGGCUACGCAAGUUGGAAGCUGAGGAAUCUAAGUACGCAGCAAUUGUUCUGGCACUCGCUGGUAUUACACGUAUGGACUGGGAAGACAGGGUUGGACAGGUACUAGAAAGUGAGGAAAUGUUGUACGCCGUGGGGCAAGGUGCGCUCGCUGUUGAAUGUCGGGAGAACGAUCUAGCCACAAUGGCACUCCUCGAGCCUUUACACCACCGAGCAACGACUGCACGAGUGGUGGCUGAGCGCAGCUUCCUCUGUACACUAGGCGGUGGCUGCUCAGCUCCUGUUGCGGUUCAGUCAACUCUGCGAGAGCGUACUCUGGCACUCACCGGUGCAGUGUGGAGUCUGGAUGGUAGCCAAACAUUGCGCCAAGCAUCGACUUGCAGACUGCGUUCUGACCCCGUCAACGAUGAUUACGAACCUCCUAGAAAGUGUCCGUAUCGGGAGCCACGGUUGUUUGUGGGAGUCGCCCAAGGCUUGCUCAGUCCUCGUGAUCUGGAAGCUGCAGAGAAGUUGGGAGCCGAUCUUGCUGCAGAGCUUAUUCGGGACGGAGCCCUAGAAAUCAUGUGCGCCGCCAAGAAACUUGUUACCGCAUCUAUUAGCUGAAUUAGGCCUGUAAUUUUUUGAUCCAUUUUAGGAUUUCUUGUACCAGGUGGAGGUGGUUUGUACAUUACAAAUCAUUAAUUACUAGGUUAUGUUUAGGUGUAAGUACUGUUGUGAUUUACCUUUUUUGAUAUUUUUUUCAACUGUUGCAUCGUUCACUAAGUUAUACUGUGUACAAGUUUGUUGGAUUUUUUAAAUUUAUUUUUACUGGAAUAAAUGUACAUAAUAUAGAUAAAUAUAUGAUGUUUUAAUAA